GUCAGACUGGUGGGAGGAGCCAGUCGCUGUAACGGUGACGUAGAGAUUAAACAUCAUGGAGAAUGGAAAGACAUGGGAUAUUAUUAUGACUUUGACCUCUGGACCCUGAAGGCAGCAGCAGACUCUGUCAGACUGGUGCAUGGUUCCAGUCUGUGUUCAGGCAGACUGGAGGUCCGGUCCAACCAGUCCUGGUCCUCAGUGUGUGAAGAGGAUUUGGACCUUAAUGAUACCCAGGUGGUCUGUAGGGAGCUGGGCUGUGGGGCUCCUGGGCUCCUCCAGGGGGGGCUCUAUGGAGAGGGGGAGGCUCCAGUCUGGACCAGUGAGCUCCAGUGUGAAGGCAAUGAGUCUACUGUCCUGGACUGUAGAAGGUCCAGCUCCACUGGGAAGACCUGCUCAACUGGAACAGCUGCUGGACUCACCUGUACAGAUCCAGGUGGUGUCAGGUUGGUGGGACAGCCGAGCCGCUGUGCUGGUACUUUGGAGAUCCAACACCAGGGAAAGUGGAAACCUGUAGAAGACGAGUAUAAAUUCUGGGACCUGAAGUCUGGAUCUGCUGUGUGUCAACAUCUGGACUGUGGAUCAGCUGUUUCAGUCAACAGAACAGAUUAUUCUACAUACAGACGUGUUUGGAUGGUGUCUGUUCCUUGUGUAAAGCUGAAAUCUGGACUGAGGGACUGUGUUGGACUAGAUGAUUCCUAUAAACACUCAUCUGGUGUGGAUGUGGUGUGUUCAGAUCUGCUGCCUCAGCCCAACAUCUCCCUGUCUGACGGGGUCUUUGGGGUCUACCAGCAGGGGUUCAGGGUGCUCGUCGGCUCCGACUUCACCAUC